CCGGGCAAGGGCCUCCCAAAACCGGGGAUCCCAAAGCCUGAUUGGCGGAGUCGCCCCAGUCCGCCCGCGGGGAGAAGGAGCGUCCCCAGGCGCCCAGGGCUGCCAUGGGUGAGGAGGUGGCGCAGCCCCGGCGGCCUGGGAUCGGCGUGGGGGUGGUGGUCACCAGCGCCGCGCACCCCAACUGCGUCCUGCUGGGCAAGAGGAAAGGCGCCGUGGGGGCCGGCACCUACCAGCUCCCCGGAGGCCACCUGGAGUUCGGGGAGAGCCUGGCGGAGUGCGCGGCGCGGGAGACGCUGGAGGAGGCGGCGCUGCGACUGCGCCACGUGCGGUUCGCGUCGGCCGUGAACGCGGUGUGCGCGUCCGCGCGGUACCACUACGUCACCGUGCUCAUGAAGGGCGAGGCCGAGCCCGGCGCGGAGCCGCGCAACCAGGAGCCCGACAAGAACGAGGAAACAGCCUAUGAAGCCUACAACAAAGGAACAACAACAGGAGAACCAAGAACGCCUCUGUAGCAGGGCCAAAACCUCAUCAUCAACAUUAGCUUGAGGAUAGCCAAGGACAAAGGGAGAAAGAAAGAACAAACAAAAGAACGAACAAAAGAACGGAAAAAAAUUAGAAGUAAGGCAUUAGGCUUACCCAAAGAAACACAGUUUAGAAAGUCAGCUUACCUGGCUCUCCUCUCCCGGUUGUGGAAGCUUUUGGUUUCUUGAAAUUGCCAAAAUUUCUAUUAGUUCCCUGAAAGGAGAACUCUGUUAGUGCAAUUUUCUAGGGCAUUAUUGUUGAUGGAAGGGUAUGGACAGAUUGCUCCAGGAUCAAUAUGAUCAGGCAAAUGUCGGAUUUAUUAGGAGAAAGACAGAUUAUAUAGUGCUCAUGACGCUCAGCUUCUUGUUCACACUACAUUGGUUACAUAAGGAAAACAUGCUCUGCUGUUCCCUGCUAAUUGGACCACAACAGGUGGUCAUAGGAGAUGAGAAAACUUUAUUCACCUCCCAAAAACUCCUCCCUGGCAUCUUGGCACAAGGCCUGCAGCCAUAUUAGUGGCGCAGCAUUUUUUACUAUCUGCACCCAGCCAUGCCAGGGGAGAAAUCACAGAAAUGCAACAGAAACUGUUCACACAAUUUCUGUGCUACGACACAUUAUCACAUCAAGUCUUCAUAAAAUUAUCAGAGUACUGGUAUAAUUACAAAAGUAUUCAUGGACUUGAGUAUUUUAGAGUUUUAUAGUACAGUGUAGGCAGGCAUGUCUCAACCAAGAGAGCACAUUUUCUUCUUUUUUCUUGGAGUUCAUGAAGUACUUGGAUAUUUGUACUCAAGAAACGUGCUAAGUUCCUGUCAAACUAUAAAAGACAUAAGCAGAAGCUGAGAAAAGAAACAGUAUAAUGAAAGUUGUCUUCACCAUUUUA